AUGGAUAGAACAAGAGAUAUAGCAUAUCGUGUGGGACAAAGUAUUAAGCAAACGGAACAGAUUCUGACACAUAACGAAGGUUAUUUUAAAAUGGUUAGGGAUUAUAUUAGACCAAUUGGUGAUCCAACUUAUGAAGCAAUCAAAUAUUUAUGGGGAAAUUUUCCACCAGCGAGAUGGUUAAUUUAUGCAUUGCUAACAUUUAAUUCGAUUCCAUUGAUGAUAUUUGUUGGAUGGUUUAUCCUAACGCUGGGAUUUGUUUUCGCUCUAGCUGGUGUAGGAAUUCUUUGUGCAAAUGGAUUUUUUACAUUCUUGGGGUUGGUGGUUUUUGUGCCAGUAGCAAUAGUAUUGAUAAUUGUGGCAUUUGUUGGUGCGUCAAUUGCAACGUUCGGGUGGGCAGGUUUGAAUACCGGCACUUAUGUAUUAUCUAAUAUUGGAACUGUGGGAGAUCAACAUACAUUAAAUCGAGGCAAACGGAGAGAAUCUAUUAUUGGAGGUGACGGUAAGGGUAAAGAUUCUUGGUUAAUUUGA